AUGAGUUGGCGCAGCAAUGCCGGUAUCCUUGUCCGCCAAAACGGUGACAGCCUCGUACCUGCGUUGUGUGUGGAGGCCUGCAACGAAGCCGCCACAGCAGGCCAACAAACCCCCCAAAGCACCCUCUGCACCUCCAAAAAUUUCCUCUUCUUCGUGGACCAGUGCAUAAGAUGCAUCAAAGAGACAAUCGACACCUCCCCCUACGGCGCAACGCCAAUCCCGUCUCUGCUGCCCUAUCUCCAAGACUGUCACAUGCAAGGCUAUACCGUCAAAAACGUGCCAGUGACGAAUGGCAAGACUUCAACAGUGACCUUUUUAAUGCCAACUGAUGCUGCAGCGGCUGAGGUGACGCCUACUGGUCAAUCCAGCUCCAGUCGUGCUACAUCAUCUACGUCUUCUCACAUCCAGAGUGGUACUUCAACUUCACAUACUUUGACAUCUUCAAGCAGUCAGAGUGUAGCUUCAAGUUUACAAACCUCGACAUCCUCAGCAACACCAUCUCAAACUCCAUCCCUCCAAACAACACCCUCCCCAAACCACGCCUGGAUAGCCGGCGCCGUCAUCGGCCCCCUCGCCAUCCUCGCCAUCCUCAGCCUCUCAUUCUACCUCUGGAAACGCCACAAACGGACAAACAAGCAGCUCGACGACGACCGCGAUUCAACCUACGGAAAGGCACAGCUAGAGUCCGCCACAAACGGCAUCCACGAGCUGGACUCGACUCCCAUACGAGGCGAGAUGCCUGCAAACGAGGCGCCGGCGAAUGAAGUGCCUGCGAAUGAGGCGCCUGCGGUGGAGUUGCAAGCAAGGCAUGAGGCGUAG